AAAAAAAAAAAAAAAAUCAAAGGUACUGAUCAGAUAAACAACUGCUCUCCGAUUUUUUCUCUUUUUUUUUUUUUUUGGUUGGUGGAUCGAUUUGAGCUGACAACUGAGUCAUCUGGAUUCGUGGAACAGAUUGGUGGUGUUUGUUUUUUAGCUUUUUACACACUUUGAUUUCUGAUUUGCUUGACAUCUGAAGGACAAUCAUACUAUUGUGUGAAAAGGUGGAUGGAUUCAUAUUCAUACCCAUACCAUAGGAAUCAAAUGAUGUCUGUCCCAUAUUAUUGUCCAAGCGGUCAAAUUGGCAGGCCUCAUUUGAAAGUGGACCCAGCUACAUCCAUGGUGCCUUGUGAAUUUUGGCCGUUUCAGUUUGGUGGCAAUCAAGGCGGCUAUGCAUAUCCAGAAUUCCAUGGCUGCUAUUAUCAACCUCAACCAAGCUGCUGUGCUUUCAGACCUCCUUAUCCUUAUGCUGCUGCACCUCAUCAUUGUCAUGGCACUUAUUCUGCCUAUCCAGGAUUUUAUCCUGUUCAUUAUGCACCUCCUCCGCCAUAUUUUUCAACAGAUCAGCCACGUUAUGAAUUCGAAAAGAAUUUGCCCACCACAGAACAUCAUCAUUGCUGUGUCUGCCCAAACCAUUCUUGUAAGCAGAGUGACAAGAAGAGUGUGAAAAUUGUGGAACAUGAUGAGGAGGACAUUGAUAGGAAAAAUGCUGAUGAGGCCACCAUGGCUCCUAUCCCGAAUCAUCCUUAUCCAGUUGUUUGGCUUCCAUAUGGUGGUGACAUGAGGAGAGAGCACACAAAACCUUACAAAUCAGAACAUGAGGAACGGAAGGAAGCUUAUCAGGCCAAGCCCUCUCAUGAUUUGGAAUCAUCUGAACAACCAAAAAUUUUGAGGAAUGGUUGGCCACCUUUGAACAUGAAGAGGUCUGAAGGAAUUAAGAAAGGGGAAGACUUGCAAACAAACAGUGUACAGAAACAAGAUGAUAAUAGCAUGUCCUUUCCAUUUCCAAUAAUCUGGAUGCCUUACCAACCAGAAAAUACUGGAAAGGUGGAAAGGCAAGAGAGUGAUUUUGGUCAAAAUCCUCCUGAUCAGAAAUUGGCUUCCCACAUUGAGUCCAUGCACAAGGAUGAAGAUGAUAAGAACAACAACUCUAUGCAAAAUGAGGUUACUGGAAAUAAUGUAAAGAAGAUCAUUCCAGUAAAGCAAUUGGAAGAGAAUGACAUGAAGAAGGGGUCUUCAGAAGAAAAUGGUGUUAAAAAAUUAUCUUCUCCCAAAAAGCCAUCUAAGCUAGCUCCUGUUUGUCUAAGGGUUGAUCCCUUGCCAAGGAAAAAAGGCAGUUCAAGAUCUCCUAGUCCUCCAGGUGGCAAAGGGAAAUCACAGGAUAUGCCAAAGGACAAACCUCCCGUCUCAUUGAAUGGGGAGAUCAGUGAAAGAAAAUGCGGACUUCCAGACAGGGCUAGCGAGGUGGAGGAAAGUAAGUGCAGGACAAAAACAACAAAGGUAACUGAAGGGACAACCCAAGGGGAUGAACAGAAAGAUUUGAAUGUUGGUUGCACUAAUUCUACAAGACCAAGUGAUAACCAAAUAGGGAAUGGUGGAGUUGAAUCUCCUUUUGAGCCAGAAAAGAAAUGUCCAGGGGAAAGUAUACAAUGUGAUAACACAGAAGGUCAGAUAAAAAAACAAUUGUCAGAAGAUGAGGCAGCUGCAGUGAUCCAGUCUGCAUAUCGUGCUUAUGAGGUGCGUAAAUGGGAGCCUCUGAAGAAAUUAAAGCAAAUAGCCAGUGUGGGAGAAAAAGUUGCUGAGAUAAGAGGUCAGAUUCAGGCUUUGGAGCAUUCUCCAGACAAGCUGGUUGAUAACAAGCAGAAAAAUGUGAUUUCAGAGACAAUAAUGAGCCUUCUGCUGAAGCUUGAUACAAUUCAGGGUUUGCACCCAACUGUCAGGGACAUUCGGAAAUCAGUGGCUAGAGAGCUUGUUGGUCUGCAGGAGAAGCUGGAUUCUAUUCCUGAUAGUAGCCCACAGGUAGUAACUGAACAGCCUUUAACAGCUAAACAUACUGAGGAUACUAUGAGGGUACAUCAACAUGGGAAUGUUACAGUCGCGCAAAAUCAUCAUGACACCAACAUAAUGGAGCAAUGUGAAGAACGCCCUCUGCCAGUGGAAAAUUCACAAAGUAUGGUGGUGAAUGGGCAAGGCGGGGAAAAUGAACAGAUUGAUGAGAUUUUUGGUGAGAGUCAACCAACAUCCAAGGAAUUGGAAGUGAAAGAAGAGAUAUCGGAGCAUGAACAGUGUGUUUCAUCUCCACAUAGUCAAACAGAAGAGCUGACUUACUGUGAUGUGGAGGAGAUGGGUACUACAUCUAAAGAGAUGGAUGGGCAUGUCAAGGAUCUGGUAGAUUUAUCCCAAGAAGAGCACAAUUUGCCCAAACAAAUGGACCAUGAUGUGAAGGAAGUGGCAGAGGUUAAUACAGAAUUCUCACAAGAGAUCAUUACCAGUUGUGUAGAGCAGCAGGUGACACAAACACCACCUGGUGCGCUUGAUGAAGAAUCCGAAUCUCUAGCGUCUGCACAGACAGCAACUACAGGGAAUACCAAGAUGCCACAAGAUGAAGCAAGCAGAGGCCUUGAAACAGAACCCUUGAUAAAAGAAAGUAUAGAUAUGGCAGAGCAAUUACUCCCUAUCAAUUCAAAUAUGGGAUGUGAGGAAAAAGAGGUGCAGGAUGGUAACAGUUGUCAAAGUGCUGCACCUAAACCCUAUGGAAUCACUGUCGAAGCACAAGUUGAAGAUGAGGGAGUCCUGAAUGAGGUUGCGGAGUUAGUCGAGCUUAAUGAUAAUGGUAGAAUUGAGGAACAUCAUGGGAGUCUCGUCAAAGGAGAGACAGAUGAAUUAUCUUCAACACAGCAACAAGAAGUGAUAAUGGAGAGUGAUGGGACCACCACAAAAGUAAACGAGGCAGAGGAACUAGUUGAAGUGCCAGUGCAGAAAACUAAGGGUGAAGUUGACAAAGACCCUGAAAGUAUUGAUUUGAAGCCUAGAGAAUUGGAAGUGGAUGAUCGAAAGCUCCAGGAGGAGAAUGUUGCAGAAUCAGGCAGCAGAGAUGGCAAAGAAACUGUCAAUGCAAUUGGUGAAGUUGAAAAUACUGAUUGGUCAAUGUGUUCCGAAGCAAAUGAGCAGCCAAUGUCGCCUACUGGCAGCCAGAUUUCCAUUCAAAGUGAAGAUAGUGGCAGAAAACUAAUUGAGGAAAAUGAAAAGCUAAGGAAGUGUUUGGAGAAAAUGAUUGAAUCCGGAAAAGAGCAACUGACAACUAUAUCUGCUCUCUCUGGAAGAGUGAAGCAACUUGAGAGGAAAUUGUCCAGGAGAAAGAAACUGAAGAUGCGAAAAUGUAGAGCAGCACAAGUGAAAAAUGAUGUGUCCCAAGUUAUGUAAAGAGAGAAAUCUGGUGUGUUGUUGUUGUUGUUGUUUUUUUCUUGGAGCAUGUAGUUGUGCAGAAUAGUUUCAGUCUUUUCUGUAUGACUGUAUGCAGUCCUUGUGUUAAUUAAAUAAAUAAUCCUUUUUAAAAAAAUACUAGUACAAAUUAAUGAGGUGCGAUUUGUGAAGUUUCUGCUAAA